AUGGCAACAAACAUGAAUGUCGAUCAAUGGGCAAAGCUGAGGUAUCAACUAUGGACUGUAAGCAGUGAGCAACCAAAAAACACACCGAUUGUAGAGUAUGGCAAAGGAAACGACAAGAGGUUCACCAUUAGAGUUGUCCAUGGCGGAUAUUUUACUGAUUAUCCAGGUAAAGCAUAUGAAAAAACAAAAGUUCACUUUAUUACUUUUAUCAACAUCGAUUUGCUUGACAUGGAUUUGCUUGGUAGUUUUUCUAAAAGUUUGGGUUAUACAACUAUGGGAUAUUGGUAUCAUAUGCCAACUGAACAACAUUCUGGUUUGUCAAUGACUCCAAUUUUGGAUGAUGAUGCUUUGGGAAAUUUCAAAGCAAUGGUUAGGGUACAUCAAUUCCGUGAGAUUGAAAAUCUUUAUGUGGAACACAAGCCAGUAUAUGUGCCAACCAAUUUCCCCCACUUCAUGAUGAACUCACCAGCCAAAAGAGUUGAGAAGCUUAUUCAUCUCUUUGUAACAGAACACCCAAUGUCAACAGUUGAUGAUGGAAUAGCAUACAUCAAGCAUAUGCUAAACAUGACCAUUCCCAGAGGAAAGAUGGAAGAUGCAAUAGACAUGGCUAAAGAGAAUGUUAUUGCAUGGAAAAACUUAGUGUAG